CUUGUUCAUCAUCACAAAUUCAUAACAGAAAAGAAUUAUUAGGCAUUUUCCUUCUGAAUUUGAGAGAUCAAAGAACCCAUGGCUUAUUCCAAAUCAAUUAUUCCUUCCUCUUUUAUUAUAAUUUUCUCAUGGGUUUUUGUGGGUUUAUCCCAUGGUAUUGAACUUGAUAAAAAUCUAUUAGGAGCAUUAUUUGCUGAUAAUGGUGAAAAUGGUGGUAUUUUAGAUAUGCCAUGUGUUAAAAAAUUGAUGCCAUGUCAAGCUGCUUUGACAUCACAUUCUAAAAAUCCACCAGCAACUUGCUGUGUGCCAUUGAAGGAAAUUAUUACGAGUGAUGCGCAGUGUCUUUGUACUGUUUUUGGUAAUGCUGAUUUAAUGAAGAGUUUUAAUGUUACCAAAGAUGAAGCUUUGAGUUUUGCAAAAGCUUGUGGUGCUAAACCUGAUCUUUCCCUUUGCAAAAAUGCCGCUGCGUCACCUGGUUCAGCCCCAUCUGCUCCUUCAGCCUCGAACAAUUCGCCUUCGAGUAACAAGACUGCAAGUCCACCAGCAGCAAAUGCAGCUAGUGUGACUUCCAAAUUUGGAGGGUUUGUUGCCGUUGCAUCGUUUAUGAGUUUAGUAAUGUCAGCAUUUUAAGGAUGGAGCAGAACACACUGUUCUGGAAUUGAAAGGCUAAUUUGCUUAUUGGGAAAGCCAGUGCCUCAAAAUCAUUUCACUAAUCUAGUUUACAUAACCUAAAAUUUUUCCAAUUUAAAAUGACUGAUUUAUGUGGUGUUUAGUAGUUGUGUUUUGAUUUGUUUUUCUUAUGAUUGAUAACAGUACAUUCAAUCAGAUCUAUUAUAUUUAAGUUUAGGCA